AUGGGAGAUGAGAUGCCUAAAUCCCGCAGUCUUGUACAGAAGCGCAAAGCCGAAGUCAUUGAUCUCGAGAUCAUAGGGGAGAAAAGGGUCCACAAGCCUUUCAAACCCGUAGUCAGAAAUCAGACGCAAAAGGAAGAAGACUCGCUACUCCAAGUUUGUGUUACUGUCCACCCCAAGCUCAACGGCUUUCCAGUUGCACUAUGCGAGCGCCUCCAGCAAGCUUGCCAAGCAUCCUUUUACAGUCACAUGUUCGCCCUCCAGACCGGUACCAUGCCAAAACAUCAUCAGACUUACUGCAUAAUUACCAGCACACGCAUACGAUCAAAGUCGAUUGAAUUCCAAACUACCAUGGCCAUCACAAACAUAGUCGAUUUAAGCACGGCAAACGCGACACUACUGCGAUACUUCCUCGACAACACAAACGUAGACUUGUCAAAGAGAACAUUUGUGGAGUCAGAGACAGUAGAGGGAGUUGCGAACCCAGAGUUCCUUGAGUUAUACAGCGUAAGGAGGGGAGACUUGGGAUGGGGGUUUGACACGGAUGGGUGUCUGUCCAUCUAUGGAGCCAAGGCUUUUGACAACAAACUAACAGAGAAGGUGUGGUAUGCCAAGAGCAGUGUAGUUAAGAUUGAGGAUGAGGGUUGA